UUUGGAGAGAUUAACCUCACUCUCGGCAUGCUGAACAAGGAAGAUAAUAUUAGCAAGGAAGACAUUUAUGGUCAUCUCACUUCCGUUAUUCAGAAUACUGACAUCUUGGAUGAUGCAAUUGUCCAAAAGUUGAUUUAUUAUGCUUCUAAGGACAUGAGAGAUGACAAUAUCCUCAGAGAAAUCAGAAUGCUAGCUGGGGAGGUGUUGGUGUCUCUUGCUGCCCAUGAUUUCAACUCUGUGAUGUAUGAAGUACAAAGUAACUUCAGGAUCCUGGAGCUACCAAAUGAAUUCGUUGUGCUUGCCCUGGCUGAACUGGCAACGAGCUACGUGUCCCAGAGCAUUCCCUUCAUGAUGAUGACCUUGCUCACCAUGCAAACCAUGCUCAGGCUGGCCGAGGAGGAAAGGAUGAAGGGAGCUUUCUGUAUCGCCCUUGAGAAGUUCAGCAGAGCCAUUUACAAGUAUGUCAACCACUGGAGAGACUUCCCCUACCCCAGACUGGAUGCCAAUCGCCUCUCUGACAAAAUCUUCAUGCUGUUCCGGUAUAUUAUGGACACGUGGGCCGCCACGACCUCACCCACACAAAUUUUGGCCAUCAUUGAGGCUCACGGCCCCACAGUGAGCCUGCUACUCCAUUGGGAAGACCUCUGUGAAUACGCCCUGGGCCAGGUCCCUUGGCUCCUGAAGCAGUAUAAAGACAAAGAGAUUGAUUUCCAUGUCACUCAGAGUCUAAGACAGAUAUUGACCGCGGCAGUCCUUUAUGACAUUAGCCUUCCAAAGGCCUUGAGGAAGACCAUCUUUAUCAAUUUACUCCACCAGGUGUGCAGAGUUCUAGAUCGUCCAGUAAAGGAAAAUGAAAUCGAAGCUUCAGACUGUUUCCUCAUUCUCGCCCAUUCCAGCCCUGCAGACCUGAUAGAAUUUUUUGAUGGACAAAUGAGAAGUAAUAAUGAAGCCACUCGAAUGGGAAUCUUGACUUUGUUAAGAUCGGCUAUCAGUGCUGAAGAGCCCAAGUGGAGGGAUCACAUCACUUCAAUUGAAAAAACAGUCAAAGUCGUUAUGGGCGACCUCAGUAUUAAAGUGAGGAAUUCCGCCCUCCUCCUCAUCCAGACCAUGUGUGAAAAAUGCUACAUUGAAGCCCAGGAAGGCUGGCCACUGAUUGACUACAUCUUCUCCCAGUUUGCAAUGUCCAACAAGAAUCUGGAGAAACCAAUAAAACCUAAUUCCCAGGAGACUGAAAAGGGAGAGAAAUGUAUCCAAGAAACAAGCCUGGAGGUCUUAAAAACCCUGGACCCACUGAUCAUUGGAAUGCCUCAGGUGCUAUGGCCAAGAAUCCUGACUUUUGUGGUACCUGCAGAAUAUACGGGAACGCUGAAAUACCUGUUUAAUAUCAUCAGAAUUCUGUUUAUGGCAGAGGAGAGGAAGAAGAAGAAUGCCAAGGAGUCAACAGCACUUGUCAUCUCUACAGGAGCUGUGAAACUUCCUUCACCACAACAGCUACUGGCCAGACUUCUGGUAAUAUCUAUGCUCGCCAGUUUAGGGAAAUUACGUGGGGUCGGUGCAAUAGGACUUUUGAAGAUAUUGCCUGAGAUAAUUCACCCAAAUUUGGUAGAGCUAUGGAAAACACGCAUACCUGAGCUCCUGCAGCCUCUGGAAGGAAAGAACACUAGUAUCAUGCUGUGGGAGACCAUGCUGCUUCAGUUGCUCAAAGAGUCGUUAUGGAAGAUCAAUGACUUAAAAUAUACACAUUCUAAUGUUAAACUGAAACCUCAGCUCUCACUGAAUGACCAUCUUAAUAUUCUUGAGGAGAACAUUCGGAAGCUGCUGCCCCUUCCACCUCUGGAAAAACUCAAAAAUGAGGGCGGGACAGACAAGGACAAGCAGCACAUUCAUUUUCUCUACGAACGACCCAUGGAUGCUCUGGGGAAGCUGCUGAGGACCAUGAUGUGGGAUAACGUGAAAGCAGAGGACUGUCAAGAAAUGUUCAACCUUCUCCGAAUGUGGCUUGUUUCACAAAAAGAGUGGGAAAGGGAAAGAGCCUUCCAGAUCACCGCGAAAGUGCUGACAAAUGAUAUUAAGGCACCAGAGAACUUUAAAAUCGGCUCACUCCUCGGCCUCCUGGUUCCUCACUCCUGUGACACCCUGCCCUCCAUCCGCCAGGCGGCUGCUAGCUCAGCUAUUGGUCUGUUCUGCAUAAAAGGCAUUCGCCUGGAAGUGGAAAGACUACAGGAUUUGCAGGAAGGGCUGCAAUGUGAUAACGUGCAGGUCCAGAUCAAGAUUUCCUCCAAAAUAGCAAAGAUCGUCAGUAGACUCAUCCCAAGUGAAGAAAUGCUCAUGUUCCUGGGGGAAACCCUGGAUGGUCUGGAGAGCCUCAACCCCACGUGUACAAAGGCAUGUGGCAUCUGGAUGAUCGCUGCCCUGAAGGAGCAGGGAGCCGCUUUAGAAGAUCAGCUGUUGGAGAUCUCGGGCAUAAUUUACCAUCACAUGCCGGUCCUCAGACUAAAGGAGGAAAGUUUUCAGUUUAUGCUGGAAGCCAUCUCCCAAAUAGCCAGCUUUCACAUGGAUGCAGUUGUUGCCAACCUUUUACAGAAGCCUCUGCCCUUUGACAGGGAGACAAAGACACUGUGGAAGGCUCUGGCUGAGAACCCAGCCUCCAGUGGCAAACUCUUGGGAGCCUUAAUAGACAAACUGGAGAAUGAGUUAGAAGAUGACCUCGCGGGGACAGAGGCGAUCUCCGUGGCCUGUGCAAUUUAUGAAGUGGUGUCGACAGGCAGCCCUGUCGCAGGCUUGUACCCAAAGCUGUUCGCCCUUUUCCUGAAGCUGGUCAGCUGCACACUGGGCCAGAAGAUGCCCACUUCGACCCUAAACCGCCGCCGGCGGGUGAUGCAGCAGGGAGAGCGGCAGCAGAUCGCAGACCCCUGCAGGCUCUCGACUACAACUCUGAAGUGUGUGCAGGCCCAGGCCAUGAAAGAAGGGCUGGCCAGAGAAUCUGAUGAGGGGGACAACAUGUGGACCCUCCUCAGCAGUCCCAGUAGGCACCACAUAGGAGUCUGUGCACUGGCCAGGAGCAUGGCAGUAUGGCAACACAGAGUCAUACUGGACAUCACGGAACAACUGUUCCCAUCCCUGACCUCCUCCUCGGAGAACUACCGGGUAACGGGAGCAGCUUUCUUCUCUGGGCUCAUGUAGGAGCCAAUCCUUUGGAAUCACGGGAAUCUACGGGAUGUGCUGAUCUUGAUGGAUCAGAGCGCCUGGGACUCCAAUGCCAUUCUGAGGCAAAUGGCCAUCCGAGGGCUCGGUAAUACCGCUUCUGGAGCCCCUCACAAGGUAAAGAAGCACAAGCAGAUAAUGUGAGAAUCUAUCGUCAGAGGCCUCUAUCACGUGGCCCGCACCGAGGUCGUCUGUGAAAGCUUGAAGGCUCUAAAAAAGAUCCUGGAGCUGCUCACAGACCGAGAUGUAAGCUUCUACUUCAAAGAAAUAGUGCUGCAAACAAGAACCUUCUUUGAAGAUCAGGAGGAUGAUGUGAGGCUGACUGCCGUCCUCUUAUUUGAGAAUCUGGCAUCCCUAACAGGAAGAAGGUGGAAGAUUUUUUUUGCUGAAGAAAUAAAAAAGAGCAUGAUUUCAUUCCUUUUCCACCUCUGGGAUCCCAAUCCCAAGAUUAGAACUGCUUGCCGUGAUGUCCUGAUCAUCUGCAUUCCUUUUCUGGGCCUCCAGGAACUCUAUGGGGUAUUAGAUCAUCUCCUUGAUGGUCAGGAUCUACCAAGGGCCAGGGAUUUCUACAGGCAAUUCUGUGCGAAGCUGGCAAAGAAAAACCAAGAAAUCCUGUGGAUCCUCCACACACACUCAUUCACCUUCCUCAGCAGCAGCUGGGAGAUGAUCAGGACCGCGGCCAUCAAACUCACAGAUGCCAUUGUUCUCAAUUUGACCUACCAAUAUGUGGAGUUAAUAGACAGAGAACAGCUGACCACACGACUCCAAGCACUUCGACAAGACCCCUGCAUCGGUGUCCAGAGAGCAGCCGAAGCUGCCUUGCAGACCCUCUUGAGAAGGUGCAAAGAGAUGAGCAUCCAUCCGUAA